AUGGGCUGGAAGAGGUCACCCGAUCGACUGAAGCAAGCUGGGGCCAAGCGCCUUUCACCCCUCUCUUGGAGCCGUCUGAAACCUGGGCGUAACAAACAAGACUCGCCCGGAAAGGUCGCGCCGGCGGCCUUUUUCGGCGACACCCCGGGUGGCGACCUCGGUGACAGCGACGGCUGCAACAAGGAAGAAAACCUCAACCAUAACGACAACAAAAGACCUAUCCCAAGCGACGACCUGCCUAACGCUUGUGUCGACGGCCCCGCCAUGGAUGACGAAACGAAAAGCAAAGAUAUACACACCGGAUGCACGGAGGCGACAACACUUGCCGACGGAGGCGUGGCAAGCGGUGGACGAAACAUGCAGGGACCGGAUCCAGAACCAGACGAGAGUCGUCACGACGGUGCUGGCGGCGAUCGCAAGGGUGAACAAGGCUUGACGACAGAGGAGAAGGUGACCGGCGAUCUACACCAAGAGGAUACUGCCGUGUCCUCCAAAUGGUUAGAAACCGGGGCCCGACAACCGCCAGCAACGGCAGCAGCGGGACCACCGGAAGCAGCGAAACAUGCCCGCAGGGUACUGGCUAGGGACAACACGCUGACCUCUCGUGACGAGUGGCCCGAGUUGCUGGACAGCGAGCCAGAUCCGGAGCUCUGGGCGCUCGACAAAGGCGAAGACGACGUCCUGGCGGCCGCCAAAAGCAUGGGCAGCGUUCUCGUGAGAGUGGUGACUUGGAACCUGCACGCCAAGCCGACCCCGGCGGCGGACAAGCUACGGGAAACUAUUUUGCCUCCUGGCAAGUUCCACAUCUACGCUAUCGGGACGGAAGAAUGCCUCCACAGCAUUGCCAAGUCUGUGAUAGUGCAUUCCAAGAAGGAAUGGGAGAGCUUGUUGAAGGAAACUCUGGGGUAUUCGUACGAAAUGCUUUGUGCUCACGGGCUUCAGGCCACCCACAACGCCGUCUUCGCGCACCGGGGGAUAAUCCCCCUCCUGCGCAACGUGCGCUCCUCCGCCGUCGCGACGGGCCUCAGUCUCGGCGCCCCGAGCACGACUCUGGGGAACAAGGGCGGCGUCGGGAUAUCGUUCAGCGUCGGGGCCACCUCCUGCGUGUUCGUCAACUCGCACCUGGCGGCCCACCAGAACAACGUGCGAGAGAGAAACGACCACUUCUUCCAGAUCUCCAACGGCCUCGUGCGAGACCUCGGGCCCCCCGGACCAAGCGGCGUCAACGCCGGCGCGGCCCACGACGGCCGGGAUCCGAAAUGCGAAGAGGAACCGCCGCCAGCUGCUGCGUCGGCCCCGCUGUCUGUCUCUGAACAAUCGCCGCCUGGUGAAGUAGGCUGGGACGAGCGUGCUAAUAAAAGGGACGACGACGACGGCGGGGAUGAUGGUGGUGGUGCCAAUGCUGAAGGCCAGCCGCCCCCUGUUUCUGUAGCAGACGCCACCGCCGGGGUAAGGGGGCAAGGUCCCGGCGAGGAGAGCACAACGACACGGCCGUCCAUGGUCGGCGCGAGGAGUUUGGAUGGAGAUGGAGAUCCAGACCACUCGAAUCUAAAUAGUGCAGCAAUGCCGGCAGAGUGUUCAAAGGUGGCAGCAUCGCCGUUGUCGCCGACAGGGAAGGAGGGAACCCGAUCGAAGGAAACGAAAACGGAUGUAGCGGCGGUGGCGGCGGCGGCGCCGAAGACUGUCGUGGAGGAGGUUGAUGGCGCCGUCGACAAAUGUACUACCCCACCCCUUACGCCGGACCCUAGCGAUACACGCCCUUCUCGCCGAAGCACCGGUCAGCAGGAUGAGAGCGGUGGGAAUCACGGGGGAAGACAAUGGAGAGGACAAGAAGAAGCGCAACCAGGUGUGGGACUAGGGGGAAGAGAUAUGGUGCCCAAGCACAGCAGUGACGCCAGGAGUAGUUGUACAACGCUCCCGCAGGCGUUCGACCGCGUUUUCUGGGCGGGGGAUCUCAACUACCGAGUCAACGCCCCUCGCGCGGUGGCCGACUUGCUCCUGUCGAAAGACAUGCACGGGGUCCUUCUCAACAACGAGCAGCUGUCUCUCGAGAGGAGCCGAGACCGAGGGGGCGAGGGCGGAGGCGAGGGGGGGCGGCAGGCGCCGCCGUUCUCGGGCUACUCGGAGGGACCCCUCAACUUCCGGCCGACGUACAAGUUCGACAGCGGGACCGACACGUACGACACGUCCUCCAAGCAACGCGUGCCGGCGUGGACGGAUCGAAUCCUGUAUUCGGGCAGGGUUGUGUCUGCUCCUCCUACGGACGAUGCCGCCGCUACUACCGUCAAGAAGAACGAGCCGCGGGAGAUGUGUAACGAGGGGAAGAGUGGAGAGGAAAAUGGGGUGGGAGGGGUGGGCGCGAUGGGCGGGAUUCAGCUCACAGCUUACCGCAGCGUCGGAGAGCUCAAGACUUCCGAUCAUCGGCCAGUUUUGGCUAGUUUUGUGAUGCAGUUCGAUCAGCAAGAGGGCGGACAUCAUGGGAACGGUGGUGCCGAGGAGGCGGCCGUGACGAACCAGACGUCUAGUGAAGUAUGCGCCGUCAUGUGA